GAAACUGAAAACCCUAAAUCUCAGUUUUUCUUAUACAGCCACUCUUUCAUUCUCAUUGCCGUCACACAGAGAGAGAAGAGACAAUGAAGUUUAACCCAAGGGUUUCCUCAAGCCGUCGAAAGAGCCGCAAGGCUCACUUCACCGCUCCGUCGAGCGUGCGUCGCGUCCUGAUGAGCGCGCCUCUCUCGACCGAUCUCCGGUCGAAGUACAACGUGCGGUCCAUUCCGGUUCGCAAGGACGACGAGGUGCAGGUGGUGAGGGGAACCUACAAGGGCCGCGAGGGCAAAGUGGUCCAGGUCUAUCGCCGCAAGUGGGUCAUCCACAUCGAGCGCAUCACCCGCGAGAAGGUUAACGGCUCCACCGUCAACGUUGGCAUUCACCCUUCCAAGGUUGUCGUCACCAAGCUUCGAAUGGACAAGGACCGCAAAUCCUUGCUCGAUCGGAAGGCCAAGGGUCGCGCCGCCGCCGACAAGGAAAAGGGUACCAAGUUCGCUCCUGAGGAUGUCAUGCAGACCGUCGAUUAAUUUCUCUCUUUACUUUUUUGCCCUCUCUGUACUUUCUUAUUUGCUGCUUUUGUUUGUGGUUUGGAUCUCAAGGGUUCCGCUAUUGUGAGGCCUUUCUGUUUUGUUUAAUUUAAUCAAAUGCUUGACAUUAUUACUGCUAUUGUUUCCUGCUUUUAUUGUUUUUUUUAGCUGU